AUGUACACGGGGGCACCAGGUGUGGCUAUCAUCAACACCUCUUCAUCGACAGUAACGGACAAAAAAGAUGCAGUGUGCGCGGCGCCGGUGAAAGUCCAGUGGAAGGAGAGUCCGGUCACGGUGCUGCGGCGGAUCGUCACGGUCCUGUUCGCGCUGGCGGUGGCGGGCGCGGUGCUGGCGGCUUACAUCGCCGGCUACCAGAUCGUGUGGGACUCCUCGAAGCUCUUCUCCUUCGGGCUCUACGGGGCGUUCCUCGUCUUCCACCUCGUGGUGCAGAGCUUCUUCGCAUACCUGGAGCAGCGCAAGAUGAGGAGCCGGAACCUGGAUUGCAGCUACACCAAAACGGUGGCGCUCACCAUCUCCGCCUAUCAGGAGGAUGCAGACUACCUGCGGCAGUGCCUGCUGUCGGUGAAGAACACCAAGUACCCCUCAGACAAGCUCCGCAUCGUCAUGGUGAUAGACGGCAACAGCGCGGACGACCGCUACAUGCUGGAGCUGUUCCGCGAGGUGUUCAGUGACGACGACGUGGGCUGCCUGGUCUGGCAGGAGAAUUACCACACCUGGAAACCCUGGGAGCCUCCAGGCAGCAGCGAGCUCCAGCUCAGCACCGUCGAGGCGCUGGGGGAGAUGUACCACGAGGUGGCGCUGGACGACCCGGGGAAGAGCGAGGUGGAGGAGCUGAUCCGCAGACACCGCUGCGUGUGCAUCAUGCAGAAGUGGGGAGGCAAGAGGGAGGUCAUGUACACCGCCUUCAAGGGGCUGGGGGACUCCGUGGACUACGUGCAGGUCUGCGACUCGGACACCAAGCUGGACCCCUUGGCCACCCUGGAGCUGGUGAAGGUGCUGGAGUCUGACGAGCGGUACGGGGCUGUAGGGGGAGACGUGCGGAUCCUCAACCUCAGCGAGUCCUACAUCAGCUUCAUGAGCAGCCUGCGCUACUGGAUGGCCUUCAAUGUGGAGCGCGCCUGCCAGUCCUUCUUCGACUGCGUGUCCUGCAUCAGCGGCCCCCUGGGUCUGUACAGGAACGACCUCCUGCAGCUGUUCCUCGAGUCCUGGUACAAUCAGAAGUUUCUGGGAACGCACUGCACCUUCGGAGACGACAGACACCUCACCAACAGGAUGCUCAGCAUCGGAUACGCCACCAAGUACACCAGUCUUUCCCGGUGCUACUCCGAGACCCCCGGCCAGUUCCUGCGCUGGCUCAACCAGCAGAUCCGCUGGACCAAGUCCUACUUCCGGGAGUGGCUCUACAACGCCCUCUGGUGGCACAAGCACCACCUGUGGAUGACGUACGAGUGCGUGGUGGCCGGCGUCUUCCCCUUCUUCGUGACGGCCACUGUGCUGGAGCUCUUCUACAAGGGGGGCCUGUGGGACAUCCUGUGGAUCCUGCUGGUCAUCCAGAUCAUCGGGCUGGGCAAGGCUCUGUACGCCUGCUGGCUGCGCGGGAACCCGGUCAUGGUGUUCAUGUCCCUCUACUCCGUGCUCUACAUGACCAGCCUGCUGCCCACCAAGUACUUCGCCAUGCUCACCAUGACCAAGAGCAGCUGGGGCACCUCGGGGAGGAAGAAGAUCGUGGGGAACUACAUGCCGCUGCUGCCCUUGUCCCUGUGGUGGGGCGCCCUGCUGGCCGGCCUGGGCUACACGGUGUACAAGGACUGCCAGCAGGACUGGACCCUGCCGGACAUGCAGAGAGAGGCUCUCUACCUCAUCUGCGGCUCGGCCGCCUACGUCGCCUACUGGCUCCUCAUGGGGGCGCUCUACUGGUUCUGGAUCCGCGGGGUCUGUGGGAAGUACCAGACCCUGGAGGAGGAGCACAUGUGAGCGGAUCCAGGAUUGUAGGAUUCCGGGACAGGAUGUGUGUGCGUGUGUGAGUGUGUGUAAAUAAA